ACUGACUACAUCCGGCGCGGAAUAGCUAAGGAAAACAAAUCUGGGCACGUUUGAAAUGACUCUAAGGAUGCAGAACUACAUGGAAAAACAUAAGAUAGGUCCUCUGUUUGAGGACCUCAUGAACAAGGUGUUACGAGACAUGCCUGAAGAUCCCCUCGUCUAUGUCCUGAGAGCAGUUUACAAGAAGGCUGGAUUAGAAAUUCCACAGGACAUCAGGCAUGGUGGUUUGAGGAGAAGUCCAUCAGGCAUGGCACGUGGAAGAAGCAGGAGUCCAGACAAAAUGCCAGUGUCCAGUAGUGCAGAUGCAGCUUUAGGAACGCGUGACUAUGACAGACCAUGGAAGUCACAGGCCAAGAGACUCAAGCCCAAAAAGUCCUCAGAUGAUGCAGAACUAUCAAGAUCUCAGAGCUCCAGGCUCCACUCCACCCCUCUCAGUGACAGCACUGUAGGGGAGUUGCUUAGAGUGACCCCGGUCAAACUGGCUCGGCGCCAGAGACCAGACUGGAACAGUGAUGUGAAGAUGAAGACAACAUCGUUCGAUGAGCUGUGGGAAGAUCCAUCUCCUAUGAAGAGAGAUGACCCAGUACGAUCAGAGACUGUCGGGAUCAUGAAGAAAUCCUGGGCCAGGGUGGGACUGGAUGACGAAGAUGACAACAUAUACAGCAGCAACAAAUACACAGGUCCUCGCCACGCCCACUUUAAGUCUGACGAGGAUCUCCUGGCCGCGGAGAAUAUUGUGUCAUCUCGCAAGGCCAACGUUCACCAGAAGAAGACUGAAGGGAAGAGCAAAUCAUCUCGAAGUCACAAACUCAAUGCUGCACAACAUCGUCAGGAGCUGGAGAAGUUGUUGUUACAGUCGGAGAAGAGGUCUACAGAUUCGGGCUACACGGAGGAACCAGGGGAGGACGAUGAAGCCUUAGAGAUGCUAGAGGAUGCUGAUGAUUUGAGACGAGAAGGAGUGACCAACAUCCCAGCUUCAGGCUACAGACUCAGUAAGAUCAUGCGUCAGCGACGAUCAGAGCCAACUGUAAAACUGAACAUCAAUCUUUACCCACGGCCUGAGCCAGCACCCUCAGUACAAGGGGAGCCACAUGAAGAGUAUGGAGUGUACGACUCUGACAUGGAGUACAGGCCACGCAGAGGAAGUCCGUCCGGGUUGAGAGUGAUGAUGAGUUUGAGAGCGUAUCCCAGGUGACGGGCCCGGUAAGUAGGCGCCCUGUGUGGAAUGUUCCUGAUUCUGAUGGAGAAAGCUACAUACCACGUCCUGCGUUCUCCACUCCGCAACCAAGCAAGGCCAAGGGGAGACCAUCAAAGCACAGACACCUCUCCUCCACUGGUCCAGCUAGGUACAACAUCCAGAGUCCUGGUCGGUCACUGGAGAGUGUGGAUGACUUUACACAGGAGGGUGUGAAGACAUGGACGCCAGGAGUUGGCACCUCUCAUCAGAGAUUGAUGUCCCCUGAUGGAGACAAUGAGGUCCGAGAGUCCUUACAGUCGGCCCGUGGGGGAUGGACAUUUCCGGAUGAUUCUGAUGCCAGUUUCACAGAAUUCAGCAACAGGAAGGGAUCAUCACGAGAACCACGAGCAUACUGAUCAAGGGGAGAUAACCACAGACUGACAACUGUUAAUGGAUGGUUAAUUUGGAACUUGGUUACAAUAAAAUGUUAUUUCAGAUAAUACAUUGUUACUUGAUAGGUUUACAUGAUACCUUUUUGAAUUAUCUCUAUAUCCAUUUUUGUACUAAAUUUGUAUUUUUUUAAAAAGUAGACCCAAUUUAUGGACAAUAAAUUUUAUAGCUUACUGUAAUAGUAUGUGUUCAGUACAUAUCCUAGUACUGAGAGUACCUGUGUAGUAUCUGUGAUACAGAGAUAGCUGCUCCGAUAUAUGGUAGACCUUAUGUUCUGUGAUAUGUAGACGAUGUAUACAUAUUUGGUGUUUUAGGUCCUUUCAUCCUAAUAGAGAUUGACUGUGAUAUUUGCAACUUGACUGUCCAUAUUUUACUCAUUGUAUACACAUAUUUCAUGUACAUUUUACUUCAUGAAUAAAAGGUUUAGUUGAA